AUGAAGCUUUUAAACACCCCCGACGCAGAUUUCGCUUUCUUCAAACUAGCAUUAUCCAAUUCUGAUUCCGACGAAAUUCUUCGUUCAUGUUGCAUUUCCGCUCAUGUUUUAUCAGCUCAGAGUCGCCAACUUCUCGCACAGGAUAUGAUUUCCUGGGUUUUUGGGAGGAUUGAUGCUGGUAGAAGUAAAGAGCUUGUUGAGUUUAUGUGGAGGAAUCACACGCAAUAUGAAUCUGAUUUUUCUGUGUUGAAUACCCUAAUGAGGGCCUUUUUGAAUGUAGGGUUGGUGAUUAUGCUACUACAGGGAAGGGUUGUUAUAGGGGAGAGUCUGUUUUAUUUGAUGGAGAAAUUUGCGUGUGAUCCUGAUGUUUUUACUUAUAAUGUUCUUAUUAAUGCGUGUUGUGUUGGGGGGAAGACUUCGGUUGCAGUUGCUUGGUUACGUUUGAUGAUGGUAAGAGGUUGUGAGCCGAGCAUUUCUACGUUUAAUACCAUUUUGCACGCUCUUUGUAGGGAAGGAAAUGUGGUGGAGGCGAGGAAGUUAUUUGAUAGAGUUUUAGCUAUGGGGAUCACUCCAAAUACUGCAAUAUAUAACUCAAUGAUGGAUGGGUAUGUAAAGGCGAGGGAUAUUGGUCAAGCUAGUUUGCUUUAUGAAGAAAUGAGGAUUAAAGGGGUUCCUCCUGAUUGUGUGACUUUCAACAUUUUCGUCGGAGGGCAUUAUAAAUAUGGGAGAAGGGAGGAUUGGAAUAGGUUGUUAAAUGCUUUAGUUGUGACAGGAUUUUUUCAGGAAUGUUCACUUUAUGAUGUAACAGUGUCGUGGUUGUGUUGGGCUCGUAGAAUUGAUGAAGCCAUGAAAUUAUUAAAGGAUUCACUUGAAAAAGGACAAAUUUUUAGUGUUGCUGCCUUUAACUCGUUAAUAGCAGCCUAUAGCAGGGAAGGUUUAGAAGACAAAGCUUUUGAAGCCUAUCAUAUUAUGGUUAAAUGUGGUUUCACUCCUUCAUCGUCAACAUAUAAUUCUUUGCUUAUGAGUUUGUGUAGAAAAGGGAGGUUGCAAGAAGCCAGGACACUUUUGUAUAGGAUGACAGAGAAGGGGUUUCCCAUGAAAAAAGUGGCUUACACUCUGCUUUUUGAUGGAUGUUUCAAGAUGAAUGAUAUGGACGGCGCUCUAUUUAUGUGGAAGGAAAUGAAAGAAAGCGGCAUAUAUCCUGAUGUUGUAGCCUUUACAGCCUUAAUAGAUGGACUUUCAAAAGCUGGUAACAUUGACGAGGCAUAUGAAGUGUUCUCAGAAAUGUUAGCUAUAGGGUUUGUUCCUAAUAAUUUUGCUUAUAAUUCAUUGAUUGGUGGGUUUUGCAACUGUGGGAAGAUGAAGGAAGCGUUAAAGUUGGAGAAAGAGAUGAGGGUUAGAGGUCUUCUUCCUGACACCUUUACCUUCAAUAUCAUCAUUGAUGGAUUUUGUAGACAAGGAGAUGUGAAAUCUGCAAUUGAUGCAUUUCGUGAAAUGCACCGGAUUGGUUUGAUGCCUGAUAUAUUCACAUUUAACAUAUUAGUUGGUGGGUACUGUAAGGCAUUUGACAUGGUUGGUGCGGAUGAUAUGUUUAAUAAAAUGUUCACCUGUGGGCUUUACCCUGAUAUCACAACCUAUAAUAUACGCAUGCAUGGUUAUUGCAGUGUUCGAAAAAUGAAUCGAGCGAUUCUCAUUUUGGAUGAGCUUGUCUCUGCUGAAUGA